AUGGCUUCCAUGGCUUUCUCUUCGCUUUACUCCGCGCCUCUGCACAGUUUAGCAUUCUCCAACCUGCAACUGAACUGCAAAUCCAGUUGUCUGGCGUUUCUUAAUGUGUCCAAUCGAUCGAGCAUCGGCUCUUCGAAAUCAACGUUUUCUCGAGAUGGGCUUUCGAUUUUAUCCCCAAUUGUUUCUGGGUUUCGCUUAAAGUCUCGAAAUUUCGCUUCUGUUUACGCCAGGGCUGCUGCUGAGAAGACCAUUCACGAUUUUACUGUUAAGGAUAUCGAUGGGAAGGAUGUUUCGCUCAGCAAAUUCAAAGGGAAGGUUCUUUUGAUUGUAAAUGUUGCCUCAAGAUGUGGUUUAACGUCAUCUAAUUAUACGGAGCUUUCUCAUCUCUACGAAAAGUACAAAACUCAAGGAUUUGAGAUUUUGGCUUUCCCAUGUAAUCAGUUUGGGGCUCAAGAGCCAGGAUCAAAUCGAGACAUCAAGCAGUUUGCUUGUACGCGGUUUAAAGCCGAAUUCCCAAUUUUUGAUAAGGUUGACGUUAAUGGACCAAGUACAGCACCCGUUUAUCAAUUUCUAAAGUCUAGUGCUGGUGGGUUCCUAGGCGAUUUGAUUAAGUGGAAUUUCGAGAAAUUCUUGGUGGAUAUAAACGGUAAAGUUGUCGAAAGAUAUCCACCAACAACUUCCCCGUUUCAAAUCGAGAAGGAUAUCAAGAAGCUUCUUGCGGCAUGA